GUGAGAUUCUGAGCAAGCGUUCUGAAAGAGUAGUUGUUGGUUCAAUUUUUCUUAGUGGAAAUCAAACAAGGAAAGUUGUUUUAUCCCAUAGGGUUUCGACAAGAGUUGACUGCUAGCAUAAUCAAGAGGCAGAGUCGCGAAACACCUUAAAGAUAAUGAUCUAAUACGCGACUCAGCUGUUUGAAAUUUUUCCUUGUGUGAUUUGAUUCUUGUGCGUUGUUUCCAACACAUACUACAAAGCUUGUUAUUGAGAGAUAAAAAGAGUUCAGUAGCCAUAAUUCUCAAGAAAUUCAGCAAUCGGUACGUGAUGAAGUCGAACAAGUUAACAAUGAAUGGGUUUCUUUCCAUCAUGAUGGUGGUAACGUUGAUAAUAUGGAUUGGUACGAAUGAUCAAGUUAUGGGUGCAACCACCAUGGAUGAUGAAGCAAAACCAACAGGUCCUAGGUGGUGUGUGGCAAAGUAUGGAACAAGUGAGCAAGCACUAACAGAUAUUAUAGAGUGGAUUUGUGCCGGGCGUAAAGUAGAUUGUUCCCCUUGUAGGGAAGGUGGAAGCUGUUAUGAACCAGAUACUUUGUAUAGGCACGCUUCUUUUCUCAUGAAUCGAUACUAUCAAGUUAAUCGUCAAAAAGGGGAUUGUGAUUUCAGUGGCAAUGGUAUCGAGAUUGAAUUUGAACCUAGUUGUGGAAAGUGCUAUUAUGAUCUUAAACAAGAGUGAUUUUAAAGAGGGGAAUGAAUUAAGUUGGUCUAGAAGCUUUUAUUAAAUAAAUUAGCGCUUCUCUAUAUAUAUGUUGUGGGUAGGAAAAUGGAGUUGAUACGUCAUACGUAUUUACUCUUGUGUUACAUGGUUAUAACGUGCCCAUAUCUAUCUAUCCGAGAGUCCGAGACUUGUAUUGUUCAUAAAACUAGUUGGUCAUCCGUGCUAUGCACGGGUCAGUGUCUGGCUUAUGAUGUUUUAAAAUUCAAUAAGCUUAUGAUCCUGGAAAUUAAUAAAACAUCCAAUAAACUAAUAAAAACACAAGAGA